AUGUCGACAAGCUCGGUCGGAAGGCCUUUUACGCUCAGCACCGACCUCACCGUUUCCAUCUCGGCCGCUGACGGCAUGUACGCCUACGCGGCCCAGCGGAUAGAAGUGAUCGUCUUGGACUUUCCAUUGACUCUCCUUGCGCGGAUACGUCCGGAAAUUGUCGUCUCGGAUGCCAAAAAACUCCAUGUGUUGGAACAGCGGGAUCUGUGUCAUCGUGUCCGACACGGUCAGGUCGUGUACCAGACUCUGGUACGUUCUGGUUCUCAAAUAGUCCGCAGAUGUGUCGGAGCGUUCCUCCUCGUCGCUCUUCGCCUUUUCCCCCGAAAGCCUAACGCACCGUUCCGGGAACCCUCGCUGGAUAAGGUUGAGCACAAUGUACGCCCGCAACGUAUCUCGGCACAUCUGGCCCAACGCCACGUCGGGGCCCGUGCAGUAGCACAUCUGCGCGUCCCACCAGCUCAGGAAGUCGACCUGCGGGUGCGUACAGAUGCGCAGCACCGUUUCCAUGUUACCGUGCAGGAUCAGCGCCUUGAGAAGCUCCAGGCCGUAGAAGCUGUCGCCGUUGACCUCGUCAAACUCGAAGCAAUCGUUGCGCUGGUAGGUGCGUAG